AAUUGGCGUUCAUUGAAAUCUCUCAUCCAGAGUGCUCAAAGGGCCUAUAUAGUCUUUUCCCAAGCUUCUUCCUCCGACGCUCCUUCAAUACAAUUCCCUUUUACCAAUUUCUUCUCCAAGUUCUUUUCUCGUCUGCCAAUUAUUUUAUGGAGACUCCGUCGUCGAGCACCCUUGCGCUGCCGAAACCAUUACCAAGUCGUCCAAGGUCAUCGCCUUCGUCGAGAGCAUCAUCAGUCCCUGAACUUGAUUCAUCAACCGACAGAGAACGCAGUUCAACAGAAACUGCUAUUUUCACAAUCUACUCCAUGUACGGUGACGACGACGAAGCACAAACCAGCUGGACUGCAUCUUCUACUUUCGAGGAUCCUUCCAAGGAACUUGACUUGACCUUGGGGGACAGCUUCACCUACAGUAACUUCUUUAAUCAACGAACUUCAUAUGUUUCCAAUACCGACACCACUUAUAUCGACCUUUCCUCAGACAUGAAGCCUUUUAGCAAGCUGUCUAACCCUCACGAUCGGACACGGACAUCGGCUACAUCCAAUGGUUCUGCCCACUCAUCCUAUCCAUCCCCAAUUCCAAGUUAUGCUACUACUUCUCAUGGAAGAGACACGCUAGAACUUCCUACACGUUCCAAGCGCGUUCCUCUCACACCAAGUCGCCACCAAAGUGAUCUCACUUCAUGUAGUUCUUCAACUGACAUAGACGCCGUUUUACCUCCUGUAUCACAUCUUACGCCUCCCCAUAGUCGUCCACCAUCCCUGCUGAGAAGGACGGAAUCACCUGUCCCUGAACCUACUCUGAUUCUUACCCCACCACAGCCGAUAUCUUCUUUGAUCCCACCGCCCUCUCAAUCUCCAUCUUCUUCUCCCACCACACAACAGCAGUCAAAAUUAAGCUGUCCUUCUAGCAAAACCUCACUCGUCCCCUCGCUGGCAGAAGGUGAAGACCUGGACGCGUUCCACGUGCGAAGCACCUAUGCACACCUGAACGCGAUUGGUGUCAGGGGUGAUGGCUACGAGGAGGGCGUGGAGCGCACACGCGCACGAAUCCGUGCCAGUAGAGGAAGUGAACUACGUGCGGAGGCUGCUCUAGCUGGUCCCUCAGAGAGAUCACGAGACCUUGAAGCUGAAGAGCUCAACGUACUGUCAAGCUUAGAUCGCUAUGGAUUCUUCUUCGUACCAUCUCAUGACCGACUGAUCCGACUUCCAUCUGGUCCUCUACUCAAACGAUUAGCACCUGUCAGGGCUGGUUCAAAGUCAGCUCCGAGCCAUGCUGUGUCCGUCAGCUCUUUGCCCGCAGCUUCAUCUCCGCUCAAGGAACAGAUGCGGGUUGCCAAGUGGGACAGGAUGCUGGAAGUCCUGAGUCGAGACAGUGGCGGGAAUAUAGAAUCGUGGAUUGUCAAGCCAUCGAAAGCACACAAACUUCGUCAGAGGGUAUACAAGGGAAUCCCUGAUAGGUGGAGAAGGGCAGCUUGGGAGGUGCUCAUGAAUCGGUUUUCGAAAUCCGGACGUGAGGCGAUCGAAAAGCUGGGAGAUUGCUAUCAGCAAGACUUGGAGAAACCCUCGAGCUACGAUAUUCAGAUCGAUUUGGAUGUGCCAAGAACGAUCAGCGGUCAUAUCCUGUUUCGCACGCGGUACGGACUAGGACAACGGUCCCUGUUCCACGUCCUGCACUCCUUCUCGUUACAAUGUUCUCAAUGUGGUUAUGUGCAGGGCAUGGGCCCUAUAGCAGCAACCCUGCUAUGCUACUUCGAACCUGAAAAAGUUUAUGCUGCUCUUUCCCGCUUACAUGAUACCUACAACAUGCACUCCAUCUUUUCCCCCGGUUUUCCAGGAUUGUUGCAGGCCAUUUAUGUCCAGGAACGAAUCAUGGAAUCGAAGAUGCCGGACGUGUACGCUGCGUUCAAGAAACACAUGAUCUCUACGACUUCAUACGCGACCAAGUGGUACAUCACGCUUUUCGCCAAUUCCGUCCCUUUCCAGACGCAGCUCCGGUUAUGGGACGCGUAUCUCCUGGAAGGAGAAGAUCUUUUCACCGCCGUGGCAGUGGCCAUCGUAUGGGUCUACCGAGAUCACAUCACAUCCAGUUCCGCAAAUUUCGAGACCAUACUCUCCCCUUCUCUCUUCUUUCUUCGUACCCGAAGACGACGACACGCUUCUAUCCUGGAUAGAACGCAUGCUCGGCGACAAAAAGCUGCGAUCACAGAUGGCGCAGUGGCGUCUGGACUGGACCGAGCUGGUCGCGUCUGGCAAGGAUGGCGAUGCGCUUCUAUAACGUCACCUCCCAGCCUCUCUCGGGCUUAUUAUCUCCACCCCCUCCUUUGAUGCUGCUUUCGUCCUUAAUCAUAUCCCUCUUUGUCUUGAUAUCAGAAUCUUGCAUUAUUAUUGGAACGCUUGGUAUAUAUUGCGACUGCAUCACUGUCGUUGUACUCACUCUCACUGCCAUUUUUCGCAUCAUUAAUGGAACCAAUCAAAUGCAAAUGCAAUCUUUAUGAACGCCAACGGGGUUUCAUUCUCCCAACCUCUCCUCGUUAACGUUUGGC